AUGGGACACGGUGGAACAAUGAUUUUGGCUCAUGAGAGCUUGUUCUGCGAGAAUCUUCCGGGUUUAGUGGAGUUAUCAAUAGAAGGUCAUGUUGAAUUAUCUGCGGUGCAGGUCCCUAAGCUGAAGUGUGUUUUUGUGGCAUGUUACCGACCACCAAUGGGAAAUUUACAGCUUUUUAUGGAAAAUAUGGAAAUGAUGCUACUAAACUUGUCGGAAAACUUCAACACACAUGAAAUUUAUGUUAUGGGUGAUUUUAAUAUGGACUUCUCUUUAUGUAAAAAUGAAACAAGAGAUCUAAUCGAACUAUUCUGCUCUUUUGGUCUGACUUUGAGUACUACUGAACCCUCGCGUAUAACAAAUAUAAGUUCGACAUGCAUCGAUAACAUUUUCACGAGCCUCGAUACAAAUGACUUCGUUGUGAGAGCGGAGGAGUUGCACGUCUCUGAUCAUAGGGCUCAAAUACUUACUACCUCAAAAAACAGAAGACACCUAGAAAAACAAAGAGUGAAAAUGAGAGAAAUAAAUGAAACCAACAUCAAUAAGUUUAGAGAGAGGCUUUCUCAAUGUCAGUGGUCUGAUUUUCUGGAGGAUGGUUCUGCGGAAGAAGUUUUCAACUGUAUAUAUGAUGCAAUCUUGGGGGGUUUUGAGCAGUGUUUUCCAGUGAAAUAUAGAAAUAGAAAAAUGAGAAAUUUGCAUAUGUCAGAAGAGCAGAAGAAAAUGAAAAAUCACUUGGAUGCUCUUGCAGUGAAAGCAAUAACCACCAAAAAUGAUACUGAUUAUGAAAUAUAUAAAAUCUUCAAAAAAAGAUAUCAUGAAGAACUGCUUCGAGCCCAUAAACAUGAAAAUUCGAGACUGAUACAAAAUUCCGAAAACAAACAGAAAACUAUCUGGAAUAUAAUCAGAAAAGAAACUAACACGCGGAAAAAAAAAUCACCUGAUUCUGAACUCUGUGCUGAGGAACUAAACGAGUAUUUCUGUGGCUUAGGAGAAAAUGUUUAUAACGGAGUGCUACCAACCGAUGGGUCAGCACAUGAUUAUAUGCGAAAUGUGAGGAUAAAAAACAAAGAUUCAUGUUUUCUUCAGCCUACUGACGCUUGCGAAAUUGAAAACAUCAUAGGUCAGCUCAAAUCUAAAGAGACUCCUGAUAUAGACGACUUCUCAACGAGAAUAUUGAAAGAAGUUAAGGAGCAAAUAUCCCUCCCUCUCGCAGUUUUAUUAACAAAUGUAUGGAGCAGGGAGAAGGGAAAAUCAGUCAUAUCGGCAAUAUGGGAAGUUAUUAAGAAGACUACUACUGCUUGGGAUAAUCAUGAAAUAGUGGAAUUGAUCUGCCUCGACUUGACAAAGGCUUUUGACACCGUCGAUCAUGACAUUUUACUCGAGAAGCUGGAAUAUUAUGGUGUUAGAGGGAUAUCACUCGAUCUGAUAUCUUCGUAUUUGGCUGACAGAAGGCAACAGGUUGCGUGGAAGGAUCGAAAGUCGGCUGUCGGAAACAUUGGUAAGGGAGUGCCGCAGGGUUCUGUCCUGGGACCGAUGUUAUUCCUCAUUUUCAUCAAUGAUAUCAUAGAUAGUAUGGAAUGUUAUGGGAUCACCUUGUAUGCUGAUGAUACCUCUGUAUUGGUUAAGGGUUCAAACCCGAAAGAGAUUCGUGAGAUGGUGAAUUUUGUGUUGGAGAGGAUAAAAGAAUGGUUUCAGGCAAAUAGGUUGAAAUUGAACGAUUCAAAAACUCAACAAGUUUCGCUUUCACAUGCAACUCAACAAGUAUCCUCUAUCAAGUUACUCGGACUACAUCUGGAGAGUAAGUUGGGUUGGAAAACCCAUAUAGAUGUCUUAACCCGAAAGUUGUCAGCGGCUCUUUUUUCGAUUCGUAGGAUAAAAAUGUGCACUUCAGACGAGAUAGCUAGGUUAGCGUAUUUCGCUAAUUUCCAUUCUUUGGCCUCAUAUGGGAUAGUUUUUUGGGGAGGAACAUCGGAAGCAUCUAGAGUUUUUAGGCUGCAAAAGAGGGCAAUCAGAACACUUUGCGGCCUUAAAGCCGGAGACAGCUGUAGGAGUUCGUUUGUAUCAGGGAGGAUACUUACAAUAUCAAGCAUGUAUAUCCUAGCCUGUUUAAAAUAUGUUCACCAAAAUAUUGAACAGUUUCCAAGAAAUAUGAACAGACAUGCUUUCAACACAAGGAAUAAAUCUGCUCUAGAAAUACCUUACCAUCGACUUACCUCAUCCCAAAAGUUCAUUGACCAUUGGGGUCCUGUUUUUUAUAAUAAAGUUCCAAAUGCUUUCAAGAGGUUGGAUGAAAAGCGAUUCAGUCUGGAGAUGAAAAAGAUGCUGUUGAAGACUGCUUUCUAUAGUGUACAGGAAUUUUUAGACAGUGAUAUUUUUACAUGA